AACUGACCAAUCAGGUACUGUGCCCGGGUUCGCCUUGUGGCUCCCAGUGAAUUCACAGCGUGGGAUAGUACGACAAUAGAAAGUGUCUAAUUACAGUAUGGAAUGAGGAUGGAUACCUGAACUGACUGAAUCAGCUGGUGCUCAGUUCUGCAGUAGAAAUGGCAAGAAAAUAGGAGGAAUCGAAAAAACAUUUAAGGUGUGCUCGCGGUAGCGCUAUCCUAGCAUGCCGUUGGUGAAGAGGAGCAUCGAGCCCAGGCACCUGUGUCACACGGUGUUGCCGCGGGCGAUUAAAAACGAGCUGGAAUGUGUGACCAACGUGUCCCUCGCCAACGUAAUCCGCCAGCUCAGUAGUCUGAGUAAGUAUGCAGAGGACCUGUUUGGGGAGCUGUUUAACGAGGCCCACUCGUUCUCCUUCCGGGUCAACUCUCUCCAGGAGCGUGUGGACCGCCUCUCCAUCAGUGUCACCCAGCUGGACCCCAAAGAGGAGGAAUUGUCUCUGCAGGGCAUCACCAUGAGGAAAGCCUUCCGCAGCUCCACCACCCAGGACCAGCAGCUGUUUGACCGCCAGACGCUGCCCAUCCCCCUGCAGGAGACCUUCCACAUCUGCGAGCAGCCGCCGCCCCUCAACAUCCUGACGCCCUACAGAGAUGACGGGAAGGAGGGUCUGAAGUUCUACACCAACCCCUCCUACUUCUUCGACCUGUGGAGGGAGAAGAUGCUGCAGGACACGGAGGACAAGAGGAAAGAGAGGAGGAAACAGAAGUUGAAGGCUGUUGACCGUGUUCACGAGCCAGAGAAGAUUCCCCGGGCACCACAUGACCGUAAGAAGGAGUGGCAGAAGCUGGCUCUGGGGGCGGAGCUAGCGGAGGAUGAAUCAGAGGAGGCCCUGAAGCAGAGGGAGGCCAACGGCUCCACCGCCUUCCACGACAACAGGACUCCCAUGUACAUGGACCAGAUGGACGGGCCCUUCUCGCUGGCCGCGCUUCCCUACACACAGAUGAACGAACUGCUCAAUCGCACCGGGGACAGAAUGUACUCCCGCCCCCACGACCCUCCACCCCCACCCCCUAUGCACGGCCUGGGGGACAUCAAGCCACCGUCCAUGCUCAGCUCCAGUUCAGGGUUCUCAGACAGCAGACCUCAGUCCCCAGCCCGGACCCCUGGCUUCAACUCCAGCACCCCUCCACCUCCGCCUCCCCCCCUGCCUCCCCACCACCCCCCCCUACCCUCCACCAUGUCUUCCUCUGGCAUGCGAGGCACGCCCCCUCCUCCCGUCCCCCCCUUACCUAUCCAACAGCAGCCCCCUGCCAUCCCCCCUCCCCCAGCCCCUCUCCAGAUCGGCCCUGGCGUCCUCCACCCUGCCCCUCCCCCCGUGGCCCCACCCCUUCACUCCCUGUCUCCAGCCCGUCUCCAGCAGGUCCUGGACAAGGGCCCUCCCCCCGGCCAAUCCGACGGCGGCAUCCUGCCUCCCCCGCCACCUCCCCCACCGCUGCCCUUCUCAGGGGCGCGGAGCUCCUCCCCCUGCCCGCCAGGCCCGCCCCCCAUGCCUUCCUUCCCGUCUGGCGCCUCCUACUCAGGACACGAGGGGAAGAGACACCCCAGCAACCUGCCGCCAAUCAGCGAUGCCCGCAGCGUCCUAUUGGAGGCCAUUCGGAAAGGUAUCCAGCUGCGGAAGGUGGAGGAGCAGAGGGAGCAGGAGGCCAAGCACGAGCGCGUGGGCAACGACGUGGCCACCAUCCUGUCUCGCCGCAUCGCCGUCGAGUACUCCGACUCCGAGGACGAGUCCGAGUUCGACGAGGGGGACUGGAUGGAGUGAUGGAAGAGCGGAGGAGGGAAGCGAAGAAGGAGGAAGGCAUGACGAGAACAAGCCUAAGCAAAGUUCAAAUAGAACUCCACAG